AGGUUGAACAAUCCGUGACCAAUCCAUCACCCUUCACUUGUGCUGCAGAGAUACAGAGCGACACCAAGGCGCCGAUCUCUGCCCUGAUCAUCCAGACAGAUCUCGGAGGAGCCCCUUCCUUAGGAAAAUUCGAUGGAGAGGAAUGACAGAGAAUAUAUGUGGCACGAUAUCGGGCUGCAAAUUAUUCUGAUCCUGGUCAUGGUGUUCAUGUUCUUGCAUAUGCACGACAUUCCCAGGAAGCUCUUCGCCAAGUUCCGUCUCCGAAGCCGAUCCGACAUUCAAGCCAAGCGCCACUUCGUUCUAGGUGCUCAGCUCCUUGCACAAGCUAGAUCCUCCAAGACUCGAUCCGCGUCGAAUUCAUUGGCCAAAGAGGCUUUAGCCGAAGCCGAGAAAGCCAUCGCGCUUGACCCCAAGGAUGCAGCCGCUUACCUUCUCAAAGCCCUGGCUCUUGAUCUCCAAGGCUUUAGGACUUCGGCUCUCGACUCGCUCGACAUGGCUUUGUCUCCGCUCGCCGUGAAGUCCCUCGCCGAUGAAGAGAAAGGGGACGCGCUUCUCAAGAGGGCUGAGUUGAAAAUGGCGAUGAGUGAACGCGGCCGGGUCGAUUCGGCUCUGACGGAUUUGAAUGAGUCUGUAAAGCUGAAUUCGAAAAAUGUUAAAGCCUUUUGUUUGUUAGGGCAAUGCUACGAGGCAAAGAAGAUGAAACAGGAAGCCAGGACAGCUUUUGAGGAGGCUCUCAAGGUGGAACCCCUGUCAACUGUGGCUCAAGAGGCCUUAAGCAGAUUGGGUUCAUAGUAGAAAUUGUGACAAUGAGACCAGUUAGCCUCGAUCUCACUCGUCACAGCACAAUGGUUUGACAAUGAGGCCGCUUGCUUGUUCCCACAAAUACCCAUGUCUGGUGUGGCUCGCUCGCUCACUUCUAGGUCCAUUUUUGUCAUCCCGUUUCCGGAAAUCUCAUAGCUAUUCAGAGCCCAUGAUACCUUCUCCUUUGAAUAAUCAACGUAUCUUCCACUCUGCGGCUACGGCACGUGGCCAGAAUACCAAUGCCUGGAUACUAUACUCUUUUAAUUAUGUUUGCGUGGAAUUCUGCCUCAUUAUUGAGGUUCGGUCUUAAGUCUGUGUUCUUAGGCUUAGGGAUAUUUGCACUCUUGUCAGUAUUUGCAGCUGAUUCUGCACCCCCAAUGGCCGUUAAUUGUGAGUUGCCAAUCUACUUUUAUUGGGUGCGCUGGAUUUAAUAGCUAAUAAAACUGUUCUAACAGCUUUAA